AGGUGUGCCGUGCUGGUCCUGUCUCCCUGUGCAGCUGCUACCUGAUGCCUCCCAGGGGAAGGCUGGGGCUGCAGGUUGGCGUGUGUGGAGGCUGCAAUACUUCCGGGGGGCGUUGAUGUGGGAAUGGAAAGGAGAGAGAGAGGGAUGUCAUGCAAUGCAGAGGCUGGAAGCCACUGACUGACUAAACCGGUCGGAUUAUGCUGUUUCCCUCCUGGUAGAGAGAGGAGGUGGGGAGCCAGUCUGUGAGCUGCUGUCUUUACAGGACGUGAUCCUGAGCACUGGGGUUCGCCACUGACACUGAGGUGGGAUCCGGGCCAGUGCGUGUGUGCCGGAGGCAGCAUCCCGGUGACAGAGACGUGCCGGCCCCGCGUCACUGCUGUGGGUGAGACGAAACACAGACGCAGGAUAUUCCACAUUGCCUGCAGCGGUCGCAUCAUGUGCCCUGGCGGCUAGUCAUACCUGUUCCUGACAUGUGUGCUGCUGUCACGGGAAUGACACAUCCUGGGCAGAGCGGUGCCCCUCUCAUCGUCUGAGCACUGGCAGCAGGAGGGGGGAGACUGGCUGCAGGGGGAGGCGUGUGCUGUGUGUGCUUCCCAUAGUGAUCACCUGUGCAUCAGCAUGUGCCAGUCCCCACAUCCCUGUGCUCAGUCCUAGAGCAGCACCGCAGUGACCAUAGGAUCCGCAGCUCCGUCAUAGGGAACACUGAUCCCCCACAGAGACUCAGCCCCGGGGGGUCCCAGCACAGAUCAGACUCGGCGCUCAGCGAGUCUCCCACUGAUUGCUGCAGCAGGAGGAUCAGCGAGUCGGAGGUGCUGCUGUGUAUUAGGCUGCAGCCCGGGGAUUGCAGCAGACUGGGCCCCCCUGGCCGCUGCAUGCUGCCGCUGCUAGCCCGUGGCUGCCCCGGGAAGGAGGCGGCAUUAUGUCCAUAGACCGGGAUCGCGAGUCCGGCUGGAUGAGGCAGCCGGAGGCCGAGGAGAAUGGCUCCGUGCUGCCGGCCUCCAGCUCAGCCAUCCCCGCACCAGAGGAGCUCACCGCAGCGCCGGCUUCCCCAGCCCAGGCGGGCUCCAGGUACAACGCGCUGCUGCUGGACUAUGACGGCUCGGUGCUGCCCUUCCUGGGCGGGCUGGGCUCCUACCAGAGGCGGCUGGUGCUGCUCACCUGGAUCCCGGCGCUGUUCCUCAGCUUCAGCCAGUUCUCGGACUUCUUCUUGCUGGACCAGCCGGACAGGUGGUGCAAGAGCAACGCGAGCCUGUCCAGCCACAGCCGGGGGGGACAUCUCCUUGGCGGAGACAAUUUCAGCUCUCCGGCCCCCGAGGUCAUGCUGCUGAUCCCGCCGCCACAGCUGCCCACUACCCCCUCGCCCACCGCGGCCACUAUGCCUGGACACAACGACACAUGCCUGUGCCACGAGUGGACCUACCAAAUCCACGCCGGCCUGGUACAGAACGUGGUGAGCAAGUGGGAUCUAGUUUGCGACUCAUCUUGGAAAGUGCAUAUAGCCAAGUUCUCUCUGGUCGUUGGGUUAAUAUUUGGAUACUUGAUAACAGGAUGUAUUGCUGACUGGAUCGGCCGACGUCUUGUGCUGCUGUUUUCUGUAAUUUUCAAUCUGAUUUUUGGACUUACCGUGGCGCUCUCAGUAAAUGUGACGAUGUUCAGCACACUCAGGUUUUUUGAAGGAUUCUGUCUUGCUGGGAUAUUCCUCUGUUUGUAUGCACUGCGAAUAGAACUCUGCCCUCCUGGCCAAAGAUUCAUGAUCACCAUGGUGGCCAGUUUCAUUGGAAUGGCCGGACAGUUCCUUCUGCCAGGUUUGGCAGCCCUAUGCAGAGACUGGCAGAUCCUCCAGGCUGUGAUCAUCUGCCCUUUCAUCUUGAUGCUAUCCUACUGGUAUAUCUUUCCAGAGUCUCUAAGAUGGCUUAUGGCCACAAUGCAGUUUGAAACUUCUAAGAAGCAAAUUCUUCAAACCAUUCACAGGAACAGAGUGAACAUGGAAAAUGACAUCAAGGGAGUAAUGCCGGAAUUGGAGCGAGAACUCCUGAGAAGGCCCAAAAGAGUUUGCAUUGUAAAAGUUGUUGGGACACGGAACCUGUGGAAGAAUAUUCUUGUCCUUUGUGUGAACUCGCUGACUGGUUAUGGAAUACACCACUGUUUUGCAAAAAGUCUGAUGGACCCUGAAGUCAACAUGAAUAUGAUGCACAAUUUCUAUGCCAACUACUUUGCAAUGGCAGGCAUUACAUUGGCAUCAUGUCUGGCUAUGUGCCCUGCUGUGGGGUUUUUGGGGAGAAGAGGCGGAUUGCUGCUAUUUAUGAUAUUAACUGCCCUGGCAUCCCUUCUUCAACUCGGUCUUCUGAACUUGAUUGGAAAGUACACUGAGCGACCUGAUACAGGUAUGAGCGAAACUGUGAAAAAUAAAUUCUCCAUCAUCUUCUCAAUCAUCGGAAUGUUCUCCUCUCAUGCGGUUGGAAGUUUAAGUGUGUUUUUCUGCGCUGAAAUCACCCCCACCGUUAUCAGGGGUGGUGGCUUAGGACUGGUCCUGGCUAGUGCUGGUUUUGGGAUGUUAACUGCCCCCAUCAUGGAGCUUCACAAUCAGAAGGGGUACUUCUUACACCAUAUCAUUUUUGCCUGCUGCACUCUUAUCUGUAUAAUUUGCAUUCUCCUACUGCCUGAAAGUAAGAACCAAAAUCUACCGGAAAACAUCCCUGAUGGAGAGCACUAUACCCGGCAGCCUCUAAUACCUCACAAAAAGGGAGAGCAGCCCCUCUUGCUAACAAAUUCAGAACUCAAGGACUACUCCGGUCUCCAUGACUCUGUAGCCAUUGGGGAUGGGGUACUGGAAAACACCACGGUCAAUGGUAUAAAGUCAACAUAGCCGGAUAGCUCCCAUGGAGGAAAAUCUCUUGUAUUUAUUAUUUGUGUUCCCGUUUGCACAGGUCUUGGAGACCAACCAUAGGAUGAUCUGAUUCUGGUAACCUCCCACACAGCUGCUAAGUCCCUUCAACUCUUACCAAAAAAUACCACCAGGAAAUGAACCUUCUAGCAACACUAUGAAGUCUAGGGAAGUUAUUUUUCCUGAUCAUUAAUGAACUGAUGGCCACAUUUUUUUUCCAGAUCCUCUUCCAGCUGCAUAACCAUCUUAUGUUACAGUUGGUCACCCACAUCCUUUUAGAAAACAAACCUACAUCUAAAUCACUGGAUUACUUUUAUUUUUAAGAUCGACAUCUAUAUUUCCCAUUGUUCCUUCAUUCGUUUUAUAGCUCAGAAAUCAUUCUAAAUAUGACCAGGUCACAUUUUAAAAAAACGUGCAGCAAACUGUAAGUAAAAUAAAUAAAAACGCAAGGGGAAGAGUAGCCAGAAACAUUUUGACAGCAUGAAGGGGAAAAUUGUCGCAGCUUCAAUGGGAGGUUUCUGCCGAUCAGAGGUAAAGACUUUACCUUAAGUGGAAAGAACACUUAUCAAUAUAAGCCUAAAUGAAUAUAUAAGGGAAGACGGAGCUAAUGGACUCCUAGAAUUUUUUCUCUUGCUAAAAUACUUGAGCAAUACAGACCAACUGGGAAAUGAAAUACCACUACCUUGAAAGAAGUCUUUUAGCUGCCAUAUAUGACAUGCAGCCAUUACUGAGUGUACCUAACAGUUAUCCCUCAGGUUUCACAUCUUACAUUGAAGACAAUUGGGAGCUGGCUUUUAGAGAUGUGCAGUAAAUAUGUGCCAAAUUCCGCUGAAUCCUUCCCUCCUGUAUGAACAGAACAUCGCCUACUGAUUUGUAGUCAGAGUUUUGUUUUCUACCAAUGAAAACACAUGGAUACUUAUAUAGUUCUGGGAUGUCUUAACAAUCUUGCUGGAUAGACCAGAUGAAUUGACAGUGCUGAAUGAUAUGAGAUGACUGUAUGUUCUUUGGAAUCCCACUUGCCAUUGUAGAGAAUUUUAGUCCUACCAGUAGAGACAAAGAAUUCUUGACCGCAUUGAAUACCUUAUUUUAUAAUAUCUAUCUAUCUAGAUAUAUAUUAUACAGUAAGAAGUCUUAGAGCAGGCGGAAAGUUUCCAGAUGUAUCUAUACUUAAUAAACAGUGAUGUUUUUUUUUCUAUUUUAGUUUUAAAUUGCUUGAAUUUAGAAAGCGUUCUGGACUAGUUCAAAGAACUUCAAAUUCUACAACCAUAUAGGAAAGGGUCUUGUUCUAAUAUAGUGUAUGUGACUGUAUGCUACUAAAUGUAGUUGGACAGAUGCAGGCCAGUAGUCAUGCAGGGUAAAUCUCAUCUCUAGCUUGGUGCACAAUUUCUGUAUACAUUUAUGGUUAAUGGAGAAGUUGUCAAAAGAUAACUUUUAGGUAAAUUACCAAUUUUCAACUGCACCAUUUUUUUUUUUACCCUGUAAGUACUAGUAAUAAUGGAAACAAAGUGAUUUAUGCCUACUAAGGUCUGCUCUGCAAACACUUGCCUAGAGAUGUCUGGUAUCAAGCCACACAACAUGCAAAUCAAAGUGUGUUAAUUGUAAACUGUUACAUUAGUGCUUUCUAGUUGAAUACUGUUAAUCAUAAUGUGAACAAUGCUAAUUGGUGGCGUUUUUAGACACAUCAUAAGCAAGAAUGGAAACAUGCACAAGAAAAAAUAUAAACUGACGUGUGGCAAGUAUUGUUUUGUGAAUUGGAGGGAGGGAAGUCGGGGUUUGUACAGAUGCAAAUUCAAUGUUAGUAUUUUAAUAAAUGUUGCUAAAUGUUGUAGAGCCAAAAUCACGGGUUCACCUAAUCGGAAGAAGUGCCAUUAAAUGAACUGUGAGUAUUGACCACUUUACCAUCGGGAUGACCUAAAGCGCACGACAUUCCCUCUAGGACAGAUGGGGAUAUGAUGCACCUUAUGUUAUGAAUUGUACUGUGAGUGUGUUCAAAGGAAAAUUGCCUAUUUUAUUCUUAGUGUUUAAAAUACAAAUCCCAUCUAUUUGUUUUCUCUCAUGGAAGUAAUAACAUGUAAAGUCCUUUGUACAGUAAUCUUGAAGCAAUCAUCUGUGACCUGUAAACAUAGUACUGUACACUCUUCAAACCACUAAUACUAAUCCUGUUAUUAUGUUCACCAUGCUAAAAGCUGAUGCAAUAGGUUAAUUCUCCAGUUACACUAAGCUAGAUUACUUUUAAAAAAAAAUUCCUUUUACACAAACAAAUUGACGCUAUUAAUAAUGAUUGAGAAAAUUGUAUUUUUGUGGAAAUUUUAACAAAAUAAUUUGUAAAUUGUAUUUGGCUGUAUCUCAAAUGCAUUGCUUUAUGGAAUCUGUGGGCACUUUAUAAACGAUGAAUUCCAGUCUAGAAGAUAAAAAUGUUGGGUCUCUGAAAUUUGUGUUUAAACCAGCUACGCAACUUCUGUUCCUUCCAUAGGGUUUUGUAAAACUGUUGUCUUUUUUUAUCUUUUCUGUACAAGAGAUAACGAGUGCAAUGUUUUUGGUCUGGUUUUAUUUUAUUCCUACCAAUGUUUUAGUAAAUACUUGUUUCAUUUUAUUCUCUCUCCAGGAGUAGUUUGGUGGUACACAUCCAUAGCACAAGCUUUCAAAUCAAGUACUGAAAUUGUCUUACAAACUAAAUGUGUGCAUGUCACCUAGUUGUAUCUGCGCAAAGAUUCUUUGUACUGUAUGUAUACAAAAAUAAAACCAUUCAAAAGAGA